UCUCGGUAUAGCUAUUGGCCAGUGUGGUGCCCGUCUGGGCCGCUCCUCGCCGCUGUUGGCCCGCGGCCGCUCGCCGGGCCGGCAGCACGGGGGAGGGCAGGCGCGGGGCCCGCAGUGGCGGCCGGGGCCGAGGCGAAUUUACAGGACUUGAUGCCCCCAAGCCCCCAGAUACUGCCAUCAUGUCGGGCACUGUGUCCAUUCUCCAACAAUUUGCCAAUGGCUUGAAGAGUCGCAGUGAGGAGACAAGGGCGAAAGCUGCCAAGGACUUGCAGCAUUAUGUCACCAUGGAGCUCCGCGAAAUGAGUCAGGAAGAAUCUACUAGGUUUUAUGAUCAGCUGAACCAUCACAUAUUUGAGCUGGUCUCUAGCUCUGAUGCAAAUGAGAGGAAAGGUGGCAUUCUAGCUAUAGCGAGCCUUAUCGGUGUUGAAGGAGGUAACGCCACCCGUAUCGGCAGGUUUGCCAACUACCUGAGGAACCUCUUGCCGUCCAAUGACCCUGUUGUAAUGGAGAUGGCCUCCAAGGCUAUUGGGCGGCUUGCGAUGGCUGGUGACACCUUCACAGCUGAAUACGUUGAGUUUGAGGUGAAACGAGCUCUAGAAUGGCUGGGAGCUGACAGGAAUGAAGGUCGAAGACAUGCAGCUGUUCUUGUCCUGCGUGAGCUGGCAAUCAGCGUGCCUACCUUCUUCUUCCAACAAGUACAGCCAUUCUUUGACAAUAUAUUUGUGGCUGUGUGGGAUCCCAAACAGGCCAUCCGAGAGGGAGCUGUUUCUGCCUUAAGAGCCUGCCUUAUCCUCACCACUCAACGGGAACCAAAAGAGAUGCAGAAGCCCCAGUGGUACAGACACACUUACGAAGAAGCUGAGAAGGGCUUUGAUGAGACUUUGGCCAAAGAGAAAGGAAUGAACCGUGAUGACCGAAUCCAUGGUGCCUUACUGAUCCUCAAUGAGCUAGUGAGAAUCAGCAGUAUGGAGGGAGAGCGCCUUAGAGAAGAAAUGGAAGAGAUCACUCAGCAGCAGCUUGUGCAUGACAAGUACUGCAAAGACCUGAUGGGCUUCAGUACCAAGCCUCGCCACAUCACUCCCUUCACUAGCUUCCAGUCUCUUCAGCCCUCCCAGUCGAAUGCUUUAGCUGGUCUUCUGGGGUACAGUGCCCACCAAGGAAUCAUGGGUUUUGCAACCUCGCCUGUCCCAGCAAAGUCUACAUUGGUAGAAAGUCGAUGCUGCAGGGAUCUAAUGGAAGAGAAGUUUGAUCAAGUGUGCCAGUGGGUUCUCAAGUGCAGAACCAGCAAAAAUUCUUUGAUCCAGAUGACGGUUCUCAAUCUGCUACCACGGCUGGCAGCUUUCCGUCCUUCAGCAUUCACAGCUGAUCAGUAUCUUCCAGACACCAUGAAUCAUGUUCUCAGCUGCGUGAAGAAGGAGAAGGAGCGAACAGCAGCCUUCCAGGCUUUGGGUUUGCUUUCUGUGGCUGUGAGGUCUGAGUUUCAAGCUUACCUGCCAAAAGUCCUUGAAAUCAUAAAAGCAGCUCUUCCACCAAAGGACUUUGCCCACAAGAGGCAGAAGUCUGUGCAGGUUGAUGCCACAGUCUUCACCUGCAUUAGUAUGCUGGCACGAGCCAUGGGACCCAGUAUCCAGCAGGACAUCAAAGAGCUUUUGGAACCUAUGCUGGCUGUGGGCCUGAGCCCUGCUCUAACAGCUGUGCUGUACGACUUGAGUCGUCAGAUCCCCCAGCUAAAGAAGGAUAUCCAGGAUGGGCUGCUGAAAAUGCUCUCCCUUGUUUUAAUGCACAAGCCUCUGCGACAUCCAGGCAUGCCAAAGGGCCUUGCCCACCAGCUUGCCUCCCCAAGCCUCACCAACAUCCCAGAGGCCAGUGAUGUGGGUAGCAUCACCCUCGCCCUUCGUACGCUGGGUAGCUUUGAGUUUGAAGGCCACUCUCUGACUCAGUUUGUUCGGCACUGUGCAGACCACUUUCUGAACAGCGAACACAAGGAGAUCCGGAUGGAAGCAGCUCGCACUUGCUCUCGCCUUCUCACACCUUCCAUCCACUUGAUCAGCGGUCAUGCCCAUGUGGUCAGUCAGACGGCAGUGCAGGUUGUGGCUGAUGUUCUCAGCAAAUUGCUUGUCGUUGGAAUAACUGACCCAGACCCCGAUAUACGUUUCUGUGUGUUGGCUUCUCUGGAUGAGCGAUUUGAUGCUCACCUUGCCCAGGCGGAAAAUUUGCAAGCUCUUUUUGUGGCCCUGAAUGAUCAAGUAUUUGAAAUCCGAGAGCUGGCCAUCUGUACUGUGGGUCGCCUGAGCAGCAUGAACCCUGCUUUUGUCAUGCCUUUCCUGCGCAAGAUGUUAAUCCAGAUUCUAACAGAGCUGGAACACAGUGGUGUUGGCAGGAUUAAAGAGCAAAGUGCCAGGAUGUUGGGUCACCUGGUUUCUAAUGCUCCACGCCUCAUUCGUCCAUAUAUGGAGCCUAUUCUUAAGGCACUGAUUGUCAAACUGAAAGAUCCUGAUCCAGAUCCAAAUCCAGGGGUGAUUAACAAUGUCCUAGCUACCAUAGGGGAGCUUGCACAGGUCAGUGGGCUGGAGAUGAGGAAGUGGGUGGAUGAGCUCUUUAUUAUAAUUAUGGACAUGCUCCAGGACUCCUCCCUGCUGGCCAAAAGACAAGUGGCUCUUUGGACGCUGGGGCAGCUUGUGGCCAGCACUGGUUAUGUGGUGGAACCAUACCGGAAGUAUCCAACUUUGCUGGAGGUGCUUCUGAACUUUCUGAAGACUGAGCAGAACCAGGGCACCCGUAGAGAGGCUAUUCGUGUGUUAGGGUUGCUGGGUGCUCUGGACCCUUACAAACACAAAGUGAACAUUGGCAUGAUCGAUCAGUCACGAGAUGCUUCAGCUGUCAGCCUCUCAGAGUCCAAAUCCAGCCAGGAUUCUUCGGACUACAGUACCAGUGAGAUGUUGGUGAACAUGGGAAACCUCCCUCUGGAUGAGUUCUAUCCAGCUGUGUCUAUGGUGGCACUGAUGAGAAUUUUCCGAGACCAAUCCUUGUCCCAACACCACACGAUGGUAGUUCAGGCCAUCACCUUUAUUUUCAAAUCUCUUGGGCUGAAGUGUGUGCAGUUCCUGCCCCAGGUCAUGCCAACGUUCCUUAAUGUAAUACGGGUUUGUGAUGGUGCCAUUCGAGAGUUCCUGUUUCAGCAGCUGGGGAUGUUGGUGUCCUUUGUUAGAAGUCACAUUCGGCCCUAUAUGGAUGAAAUUGUCACCCUGAUGAGAGACUUCUGGGUCAUGAACAACUCCAUUCAGAGCACAAUUAUCCUACUUAUCGAGCAGAUUGUGGUAGCUCUAGGAGGCGAAUUCAAACUUUAUCUGCCUCAGCUCAUUCCUCACAUGUUACGGGUCUUCAUGCACGACAAUAGUCAGAGUCGCAUUGUCUCUGUCAAGCUGUUGAAUGCGAUCCAGCUCUUUGGAGCUAACCUGGAUGACUACCUUCAUUUGUUACUACCUCCCAUUGUAAAGCUAUUUGAUGCCCCAGAUGUCCCAAUGGUGGCUCGCAAAGCUGCUCUAGAAACAGUGGACCGCUUGACAGAGUCCCUGGAUUUCACUGAUUAUGCUUCACGGAUUAUUCAUCCCAUCGUGCGAACACUAGAUCAGAGCCCUGAGCUACGAACAACUGCAAUGGACACCCUCUCCUCCCUGGUAUUCCAGCUGGGAAAGAAGUAUCAGAUUUUUAUUCCAAUGGUGAACAAGGUUCUGGUGCGACACAGGAUUAACCACCAACGCUAUGAUGUUCUUAUCUGCAGAAUUGUGAAGGGCUAUACGCUUGCUGAUGAAGAGGAGGAUCCCCUGAUCUAUCAGCACCGAAUGUUGAGAAGCAACCAAGGAGAAACUUUGGCCAGUGGUCCUGUGGAAACAGGUCCCAUGAAGAAACUUCAUGUUAGCACCAUCAACUUGCAAAAGGCCUGGGGAGCAGCAAGAAGAGUUUCCAAAGAUGACUGGUUGGAAUGGUUAAGAAGACUGAGUUUGGAGCUGCUGAAAGAUUCCUCCUCGCCAUCCUUGCGUUCAUGCUGGGCCCUGGCUCAGGCAUAUAAUCCCAUGGCUCGAGAUCUCUUCAAUGCUGCUUUCGUUUCAUGCUGGUCUGAAUUGAAUGAAGACCAGCAGGAUGAGCUGAUCCGAAGCAUUGAGUUGGCCCUGACUUCUCAGGACAUCGCAGAAGUCACUCAGACGCUGCUGAACUUGGCAGAAUUCAUGGAACACAGUGACAAGGGUCCCCUGCCUUUGAGAGAUGAUAACGGCAUUGUCCUCCUGGGGGAAAGAGCUGCAAAAUGUCGAGCCUAUGCCAAGGCCCUUCACUACAAGGAGUUGGAAUUUCAAAAGGGUCCCACCCCAGCCAUUUUAGAGUCUCUCAUCAGCAUUAACAAUAAACUGCAACAACCAGAAGCAGCUGCUGGGGUACUGGAAUACGCCAUGAAGCACUUUGGGGAGCUGGAAAUUCAAGCUACCUGGUAUGAAAAGCUUCAUGAGUGGGAAGAUGCUCUGGUGGCCUAUGACAAGAAGAUGGACACAAACAAAGAUGAUCCUGAGCUGAUGCUAGGACGGAUGCGUUGCUUGGAAGCACUUGGUGAAUGGGGGCAGCUCCACCAGCAAUGCUGUGAAAAGUGGACACAGGUCAAUGAUGAAACCCAAGCUAAGAUGGCUAGGAUGGCUGCUGCUGCUGCCUGGGGUCUAGGUCAGUGGGACAGCAUGGAGGAAUACACCUGCAUGAUCCCACGGGACACCCACGAUGGUGCCUUCUACAGGGCUGUACUGGCUCUUCAUCAGGACCUUUUCUCACUGGCUCAGCAGUGCAUUGACAAAGCCAGAGAUCUGCUGGAUGCUGAGCUGACUGCCAUGGCAGGAGAGAGCUACAGUCGAGCCUAUGGGGCUAUGGUAUCCUGCCAGAUGCUGUCAGAGCUGGAAGAGGUUAUCCAGUAUAAACUUGUACCAGAACGCCGUGAGAUCAUCCGCCAGAUCUGGUGGGAAAGACUGCAGGGCUGUCAACGAAUUGUGGAAGACUGGCAAAGAAUAUUGAUGGUCCGCUCUCUUGUUGUGAAUCCUCAUGAGGACAUGAGAACUUGGCUCAAGUAUGCCAGCCUGUGUGGCAAGAGUGGGAGACUGGCUUUGGCCCAUAAGACUCUUGUCCUGCUCUUGGGAGUAGAUCCAUCUCGCCAGCUGGAUCACCCACUGCCAACAGUACAUCCUCAAGUGACCUAUGCCUACAUGAAACACAUGUGGAAGAGUGCCCGUAAGAUCGAUGCGUUCCAGCACAUGCAGCACUUCGUGCAGACCAUGCAGCAGCAGGCGCAGCAUGCUAUUGCGACUGAGGACCAGCAGCACAAGCAGGAGCUCCACAAGCUCAUGGCACGGUGUUUCCUGAAACUGGGCGAGUGGCAGCUGAACCUGCAAGGCAUCAAUGAGAGCACCAUCCCCAAAGUCCUGCAGUAUUACAGUGCUGCAACAGAGCACGAUCGCAACUGGUACAAGGCCUGGCAUGCCUGGGCAGUGAUGAACUUUGAAGCAGUGCUUCACUACAAACAUCAAAACCAAGCCAGAGAUGAGAAGAAGAAACUGCGUCACGCCAGUGGAGCCAGCAUCACCAGCGCUAACACUGAGGGCAGCAAUAGCGAGAGUGAUGCAGAGAGCACAGAGAACAGCCCCAUCCCAUCGCCAGUGCAGAAAAAAGUCACUGAGGAUUUAUCUAAGACCCUCUUGAUGUACACAGUCCCUGCUGUCCAAGGUUUCUUCCGAUCCAUCUCUCUGUCUCGAGGGAACAACCUACAAGAUACUCUAAGAGUCCUUACUCUGUGGUUUGACUACGGUCACUGGCCUGACGUGAAUGAGGCUUUGGUAGAAGGAGUCAAGGCAAUCCAAAUAGACACUUGGCUGCAGGUCAUCCCUCAGCUCAUUGCAAGAAUUGACACCCCUCGACCGUUAGUAGGACGUCUCAUUCAUCAGCUCCUCACAGAUAUUGGGCGGUAUCAUCCCCAGGCUUUGAUCUAUCCUUUGACUGUGGCUUCUAAAUCUACAACCACAGCUCGCCACAACGCCGCGAAUAAGAUCUUGAAAAACAUGUGUGAGCACAGUAACACUCUGGUGCAGCAGGCAAUGAUGGUGAGUGAGGAGCUGAUCCGUGUAGCCAUUCUAUGGCAUGAGAUGUGGCAUGAAGGGUUGGAAGAAGCAUCUCGUCUGUACUUUGGAGAAAGGAAUGUGAAGGGGAUGUUUGAGGUGCUGGAACCACUUCAUGCAAUGAUGGAGCGUGGGCCUCAGACUUUAAAAGAGACAUCCUUCAAUCAGGCCUAUGGCAGAGAUCUGAUGGAAGCUCAGGAAUGGUGCAGGAAGUACAUGAAAUCGGGAAAUGUCAAAGACCUAACACAGGCUUGGGAUCUCUAUUACCACGUGUUCCGACGUAUUUCAAAGCAGCUGCCUCAGCUCACUUCUUUGGAACUACAGUACGUGUCACCAAAACUCUUAAUGUGCCGGGACCUGGAACUGGCAGUGCCAGGAACAUACGAUCCCAACCAGCCCAUCAUCCGCAUUCAGUCCAUCGCACCCUCGCUGCAGGUCAUCACCUCCAAGCAGCGGCCCAGGAAGUUAACAUUAAUGGGAAGCAACGGGCAUGAGUUUGUAUUCCUUCUGAAAGGUCAUGAAGACCUUCGCCAAGAUGAAAGAGUGAUGCAGCUUUUUGGGUUGGUCAACACUCUGCUGGCAAAUGACCCAACUUCACUUCGUAAAAACCUCAGCAUCCAGAGAUAUGCUGUUAUUCCACUGUCUACAAAUUCAGGCUUGAUUGGGUGGGUCCCCCACUGUGACACACUGCACGCGCUCAUCCGAGACUACAGAGAGAAGAAAAAGAUCCUGCUCAACAUCGAACAUCGCAUCAUGCUAAGGAUGGCGCCAGAUUAUGACCACCUGACUCUGAUGCAGAAAGUAGAAGUGUUUGAACAUGCUGUCAAUAACACAGCUGGUGAUGACCUGGCCAAGCUGCUGUGGUUGAAAAGUCCAAGCUCGGAGGUGUGGUUUGACAGAAGAACAAACUACACUCGUUCACUAGCUGUGAUGUCAAUGGUUGGGUACAUUUUGGGCCUUGGGGACAGACAUCCCUCCAACCUGAUGCUAGACAGACUGAGUGGAAAGAUCCUGCAUAUCGACUUUGGGGACUGUUUUGAGGUUGCAAUGACAAGAGAAAAGUUCCCUGAGAAGAUUCCAUUUAGGUUAACAAGAAUGCUGACAAAUGCUAUGGAGGUAACAGGCCUCGAUGGCAAUUACAGAAUCACCUGUCACACCGUGAUGGAAGUCCUGCGUGAACACAAGGACAGUGUCAUGGCUGUGCUUGAAGCCUUUGUGUAUGAUCCAUUAUUGAACUGGCGGCUGAUGGACACAAAUACAAAGGGCAAUAAGCGCUCACGAACAAGAACAGACUCCUACUCAGCUAGUCAGUCAGUAGAAAUGUUGGACAGUGUGGAACUGGGUGAGACAGCCCACAAGAAAACUGGGACCACAGUGCCUGAAUCCAUCCAUUCCUUCAUAGGAGAUGGUUUAGUGAAGCCAGAAGCUCUAAAUAAGAAGGCAAUUCAAAUCAUCAACAGAGUUCGAGAUAAGCUCACUGGUCGAGACUUCUCUCAUGACGAAACUCUUGAUGUACCCACACAAGUGGAAUUGCUCAUUAAGCAAGCUACUUCUCACGAGAACCUGUGCCAGUGCUACAUUGGAUGGUGUCCUUUCUGGUAACAGAAGAUUCCAAAGUAUCCACAGCCUUUUAUUCUGGAGGCUUUUGCACUCCAAACUUGUUCUUCUACAAACACAAACUGAACGUUGGACUGAAAUACAGCCUUUGUCAAAUAUUUUGAAAUGUAAAUGAAAAGAGUUAUUGUAUAUUAAAAGUUGGUUUAAGCCAAUGUAUAGCUGCUGUUGGAAAAACACAAGCUGUCUGAAACACAAUACUUGAUGUGGGUUUCCAGGACAGCAAAGACUGAUUGUACCACAGGUGUCUAUGGUUCCACUUGGUCUUUGGGGAACUGAUGAUCCAUUGAAAAUAUCUAUAUACGGGUUUUGACUUACUUUGCAGUGUAACUGAGUCAUUUGCAGAUUAAUUAUCGCCCUGGUCAGUCUUGUUGGUGUGGCUGCCGUGAGCUAAAUGCGCUUGUGCAGGAAGCUUUGUUUAGGUUUAGGGGUGAGCUGGAUAACUGGAAAGGGAGAGAAGCAGAGUAUUACCAUUGUUUUAUCCUUGUUUUCUUGCCCCCAAAUUGGAAACUGUCUGUCUGUUCAUUACACUAGUGCAGGAGUCGUGUUUCAGACUAGAUCAGGAUAUCGGAGCAGAUCCAAGGAUUGAAGACCUGGAGCUAAGCAAGAUCAUAUGCCUCUAUGCGGAUUGUUCAGUGGCAAUCUGGAUGCAGAGUACAAAUUAAAUUCCACUUGGGAGCUUUCCCAUAUUGUCCAGAUUAAAAAGUACUGGGAAAUAACUAGGGAAAGUUAGUACUCUGUAUAGGAGGCAGACGGGGGGAGAAUUGGUCAUAACUUGAAACAGAAAAUAAUGGUUAUUAAACACGAGGGUGAAGAUAAAGUUAUGAUUUAUGAAUUCAACAUAUUAAAAACAAUGCACAAAAUACAACAGAGUAGCCAUGUUUAGAUGCCAUGUUGUAUUUGAAUAUUUUUGUGCCAAUAAAUUACACCAACAUGUAAACAUUUUGACUGUGUUCUUCAUUCCUUAGGGGGCAACAGGGGAGCAGGUUAAGACUUGGAGGUCGGGUCUGUUUCAUGUUUCAUUUUGCCAUGGAUUUGACAUGCUUUUUUCUGCAUCAGUUCAGGCUAUAUUUCCCUUUUGAGAGCAGCUAGAGGCAAAAUUACUACGACUGAAUG